CUUUAAAUAAGUAGGCCUAUACAAAUUGGUGGUUUCGUCUCAUGGUCACAAUUCGACCAACACUUCGCUUAUCCACACAACAGAGAUAGUACAACAAUGCCAGACGGAGUUGAUCAAGGUUCCACCAGUAAUGGACGUGACUCCAUUAUUGAGGUUGAGUUGGCGAACUCUAAUGGAGUAUCGAUGGCCAAAUCAAAAUCGGCUAAAUCCUUUGAUCAGUUAAUAGAAGACAAUGAUGACAUCACAUACAAAAUCGACGAUUGGCCGCCAUGGUACAUGACCAUCAUAUUGGGAUUUCAGCAUUUCCUGACGAUGUUUGGGAGCUGCGUGGCAAUCCCGUUGAUCCUGGCUCCUGCAUUGUGUAUCGGCAAUGACCUGGUAGCCACAAGUGAGCUGAUUGGGACGAUCUUCUUUGUUUCAGGUCUCGUUACUUUGCUCCAAACCACAUUUGGCGUCAGACUUCCAAUUAUCCAGGGAGGAACAUUCACGUUUUUAACUCCCACAUUUGCUAUAUUGAGUCUGCAGGGAGAUUGUCCUGCUCCUCCACCUCCUAACGCAACGGAGGCUCAGCUUGCUGAUGCCACUGAUGCUUGGCAAGGGCGCAUGCGUGAAAUUCAGGGAGCCAUAGUCGUUGCCUCUUGCUUCCAGGUCAUAAUUGGAUUUAGUGGAAUUAUGGGAUUUAUGUUAAAAUUUAUUGGACCGUUGGCUAUCGCACCGACGAUCGGUCUUGUGGGUUUGUCUCUGUUUAGUGUCGCGGCUUCCCGGGCUGGCGUACAUUGGGGAAUGUCAGUGUUAACUAUAGUACUCGUUAUCAUGUUCUCGCAGUACUUAAAAAACAUCAACGUUCCAACACCUGGUUACACUUCCAGCAACGGAUGCCACAUUACCAAGUACCCGAUAUUUAAGUUAUUUCCUGUUAUAAUAGCUAUAAUAAUAUCCUGGAUUUUCUCUGCCAUAUUUACGGCUGCCGAUGUAUUUCCAACGAAUUCAACGCAAUACGGUUAUGGAGCGCGGACAGAUCUGAACACCGAAGUCCUAAAGCAGGCGGCCUGGUUUCGAUUCCCGUAUCCUGGUCAAUGGGGAGCUCCUAUUGUUACUGUAGCCGGCGUCUUUGGCAUGUUGUCUGGUGUUCUAGCAUCAAUGGUCGAGUCUGUUGGUGAUUACUAUGCUUGUGCUCGGCUAUCUGGUGCGCCACCACCACCCGACCACGCCAUCAACCGCGGCAUCGGAAUGGAAGGCAUCGGUUGUAUUUUAGCAGGCUUGUGGGGUACGGGUAAUGGGACGACGUCAUACAGCGAAAACAUUGGGGCAAUUGGAAUAACAAAGGUAAAUAAUCAAUAUAAUUUUAAUCUAUACUUAUACCAAUAA